GGGAUGUUUUCCCGUCGCUACAGCAACACCUACCGGCGCUCCGACCGACCGACCGACCGACCGCCCGAUGGACGGGGCGCCCCCCCCCGGGUCUCCUUCACAACCGACCCGGGGGGGCUCUCACACCGCACCUUGGGCGGGGGGAAAUAAGGAACAAGAGCAGCGAAUAAACCCGCUCGAGUUUCCAAACGUCGAUUUAUUCCUCUUUUCUGGCUUCCCCGAGCGCCUGUCACCUCCGCCGUGCCCAGCGUCGCCGUGGGAUGGGGCUGGCGUGCAGGGAGAAGCCCUGUCCCACAGCUAAUUAUUAUUAUUUUUUCAUUUUUUUUUAUAUAUAUUUUUUUCUUUUUAUUAUUUCCUUUCCGUGCUUCGCUUUCGUGCCGGAGCGUUUCUUCCGCAGCUCCCAGCGAGCCUUUAAUAAUUCAGCGCAGGAAACGGGGGCGUAUGUACGGCCAGCAAGUUAUAUGAUAGAUACGGCGUCACCAUGAGCGGGGUGUUGAAAAGGAAGUACGAAGAGCUGGGGGACGACAGCACCUACUGCUCCUCCUCCUCCUGCUCGCCCCUGUCCUCCUCGGCGUCCUCGGGCUGGGACUCGGACGAGGAGAGCUCCCGCGGAGAGAGCAAGCCCGGCUCUGCCUUAACGCCCAGCUUCACCCCCACGUCCAUCCUGAAGAAAUCCAAGCGGCUAAAGAAGAACAACGUGGAGUUUGACCAGGUCACUGUGUUCUACUUCCCGCGCUGCCAGGGCUUCACGAGCGUGCCGAGCCGUGGGGGCUGCACGCUGGGGAUGGUGAACAAGCACAGCUCCUCCCGGCAGUUCACGCUAGCAGAGUUCUCGAAGGAGCAGGAAAACGUCCGUCGGGAGAAACUGAAAGAGAAAUUGAAAGAGGAGAAGUUGGAAGCCUUGAAAUGGAAGCUAACCAUGAACGGCACAAAGGAGUCGGAGGAGGCCAACCAGCUCACUAUCGAGGACAUCGACGACGACGACAUCGACGUCAGCAACGUGGACCUGGAGGACGGCUUCUUCCUCCAGCCCUACCCCGCCAAAAAGAGGCGGGCGCUGCUCAAAGCCAUGGGGGUGAAGAAGAUCGACAAGGAGGAGAAGCGGGAGCUGCACAGCAUCCGCCUGUCCCGGGAGGACUGCGGCUGCGACUGCCAGGAGGUCUGCGAUCCCGAGACCUGCAGCUGCAGCUUGGCGGGCAUUAAAUGCCAGAUGGACCACACCUCCUUCCCCUGCGGUUGCACCAAGGACGGCUGCGGCAACACCGAGGGCAGGAUCGAGUUCAACCAGUCCCGGGUGCAGACCCACUUCAUCCACACCAUCAUGAAGCUGGAGCUGGAGAAGCAGCAGCAGAGCAGCGAGGGGGCGGCGGAGGCCGAGCCUCCCUUCCGGGAGAGGCUGCCGCAGCUGGGCUGCGCGGCGGGGAAGGGGCCCUUGGAGGAGCGCGCGGCGCCGCUGGCCCCCGCCUUCCAGUUCAGCCCCGAGCUGGAGGCCCUGGGGGAGAACAGCUGCAGCAGCGACAUGACGGACUCCUCCCUCUCCUCCCACCCCAGCGAGGACCUGGAGGAGCCCUACGAGAGCCUCCCCUCCGACAAGUCCCAGUCAGACGUCGACGACGACGGCUUGGCGCGCAUCCUCCACUUCAACGACUCGGAUGCCGAGGAGGAGGGCGGCCGCUGCCAGGACAACCUGAGCUGUUUCCACCCUGCCGACUUCUUCAUCGAGGACCACGGCGGCGAGGCCAAGCCCGGCCCCGUGGCCUCGUCCCACCUCUCCGAGUGCCUGGACGAGAACGCCAACCAGGACGGUGGCGGGAUGCUGGAGGAGGCCGCCCACGCGCGCUGCGACGGGUUGUCCUGCUGCGCCCCGGCCCCGGCCGAGCCCUGCUCCAAGAGCUACGCCGACCUCAGCCUUUCCUCUGACUCCUUGGAUUUCUUCCAGUCCUUCUCGGACUAUAACUUGGGACCUCUUUACAACUCCUUGAAGGAGUAUGAGAACCUCGAUAACUACUCAGCGUUACAGUUUCAGUUUCCUAAUUUCCCCGGCUUCCCGCAAGCCGGAGAUCAAGGCUCCUGUUUGUUGGAGUCUCUCUUCGGUUUGUCUGAAUCCGUCCCCGAAACCCCGGCCCCUUUCACAGACAAUCAGCAUUUGGAGGACGCCAUCAAGUCGUCGCUGAUGGAGACGGUGAAGGUGUGAGAUGCCUGAGUACCCUGGGACGGGAAGGACCGGCAGCGUCGGGGUGCCGAAACCAAAGCCGAAGAACGGUGGGACAGGCAAACUUUCAGCGACAGGAUGAUGUGCUACGUGAAAAGGAAAAAAAAAUAAUCAGACUUUCUGAGCAGACAAAACUAUUUUUGGUCUUUAUAGAACGUGGACGUUUUGACAUACUGCAGCUACAAUCAGUUCUCUUGCUGUUUGUGCAAAAAUUUCUAAACUUUCGUGAUGGGGUGGGAGGGAAGCAGGGAGGGAGGGACAAAGACUUUCAAGUAUGAAUUUCCUCGUGUUUUGUAUGCAAAGACCUGUUGAGAAAUGCUCCUUGUGAACGUUGCCAGUCGUACACACAGCCCCUUCUAGAAACGUUUCAGUGUUGUGGGAACUUUUUUAGACAACUUCUGAAGCUGUAUUUAUUGUGAAAAUUUGUGAUUUGCGUGAGAGCUAGCCCAACACGCUCUUGCGUUUAAAUCCAAAAAAGGUUUACAGAAGAGAUCCGUACACUAUAUACAUAAUCAUUCUUCAUCUAUUUAUUGCAAAUUCCAGAAUUUAAAUAGCCACCGAAGCUUGAACUAGCAUGAAACCUUAUUUAAAUUGGUAAUACCUCAGAUGUAUUAUGUGUACAAUCAUAUUUUUUGCAUAAUAUAUCUGUAUUUAUUUAUUUUCUACCUGUAGUACAUGAAUAGCACUGUGGUUUAUCAGUGACCUGGAAGGGCAAUAAGGUCUCUAAGUGGCACACAUCCUGAAGAUGGCCAUGUUGUUUGAGUCUGGAAGGUGCCGGCUGUUUGGUCUUCAAGUAACAUUUCUACAAGAGCCGAAUGCAAGCGGGUGGGAGGGGAGGGAUGGGGGAAAGGUUCCCGCAGGGCCCUUGGGUAGCUAGCCAGCCUUUCACAGACACGAGAGCACGAAGGUGUCCAAUGUCCAUGAUAUGGGGACCCUCAACUGCCCAAGAAACACGAGCUAGCUCAGUCUAAACAACAAAAACCACCCAACCCUUUUCAUAAAUUAUUUUCUAACUUAUUUAACUUCCUAAGGAUUUGGCCAUGAGAUCUUUCGGUGCCUGAAUAUGCAGAGGACCCGUCAGCGGGGGGCUGGAUCCUGGGACUCAGGCGAGCAAAGCAAAGGGCAGCAGCACCCUGCUCACACUUCUCAGCGAGUGCUCCUGAGGACUCCCAAAUGUCGAGGGUAUCGCAGCCCCCAAACUUGUGGGCCAGACUCUUCAUUUUUAAUGGGGUAAAUCAAGUCAGGGAGAUGGAUAUGAAGGUUGGUGGGUUAUUUAUUGUUUGAGUACGGUUGCAGAGGGAAGGAAAAAAAGAGCAAUCAGUGUGUUUAGGAGGGAAAUUAGAGGCCUCCUUGGCUUUCUGUUGUGGAAAUCAGCCCAAGAACAUGACACUAUUUGGCCAUGCCAUGUAACUGGACCCAAAAUCCGCACGCCAGUGAUACACUAAGUGCCUACGCCUGCAGCGCGAGCAGCCGGGUAUCGCGAUGGGAACCCGCAGCUUUACACUGAGCCCCCCCUUACAAAGGGUGCGGAGCCACCCGGGUCGGGGGGGACACCCCAAAAUGGGGCUUUGGGGUCCUUUCCCCCGGCUGAACCGCUGAUAUCCCUGCUGAGUGCUGUUUGGUACCUGCCGUUGGAUGGACGAGCCGUGCCCGCUCCAGCAGGCACCACCAGCGCCCUGCCAGCAAUUUGGGCAGCUUCUGGCGUACGAAUAUUGCGAAGGCUGGGUUUUAUUAUUAUUAUUAUUAAUUAUUAUUAUUAUUUAAUUGUUCAUCUUCUCUGGUAUUGAGCCGGUCAACCUCGAAGCGUUGCUGACCCACCGCGUCCUCCCGCGAGGCAUCGCCCCGGGGAAAUCCCCAUGGGCAGGAGGGCGACUGUAGGAAUACUACUGGCAGAUGGAGGAUUUCCUGGAGAUAUAUAUAUAUAUAUAUAUAUAAAUAUAUUAUUUUUGUUGUUGUUGUCGUCGUCGUUUCUUUCGACUGAAAAUCCCCUUCAGUUAUCUUCUAGGUGGUAGUUGCUAUCCUUCAGACUGCAUCAAAAUCGCUGACCGUUGAGAGUCUGGUACCGUUCUGUAUUUAUUGGCACUAAUAUAUUUUGUAACAUUCCUCGGUUUCUCCGCAUAUAUAUAUAUUUAUAUAAAAUAUAUACUUAUAUUUUAUAUAUAUAUAUACACAGGUUUUUUUUUUUUUAAUGAAUGACGGGGAUUGACUCCUGCCUUUGUGGAUUUUUUUCUAUAAUUUAUUCAUUUUAUUUGUGUUAGUGCCAAAAAAAAAAGAUUUUUUCUCUUUUUUUUUUUUUCCAAGGCACUGAAUUGUAAAUAAUAUAAUUUUUUUUCUUCUUUGUAUCUGUGUAAAAAGUUACCUGUUAAACAUUUUAAAAACUGGGUAUUUAUUGACACAAUCUGUAAUUAUCUAAUGUAUUGAUUGAAACGCUUUGGUUUCAACAUAGCUUUAUUUUAGCUUUCUUUGUGUAUAUAUUGUGAUUACGUUGCUUAAAGGUACAAGUUAAAAAAAAAUGCUUUAUUUUUACCUUAUCCAUUUGCAUUUGUUUAAAAAAAAAAGAAAAAAAGCAUAUUUGUCUACAGCUGCUGUCUCUCAUUUCAUCAAAGCAAUAUGAAGAAAUUUCCAUUACACUUUCAAUAAAAGAAUUUUGUUUGAAUA